AUGGGUGCUGUCAGCUCGUGCUGCGCUGUGGAGGAGAGUGAGGAUCGGCAGGUGAUGAAGGAGAACGGCGGCGCCAAGGCCUCCAAGAGCGAGAAGUCUCGAGAUGACAGAAAAAAGAACGGGAAGUACAGCAAAUCCAGGUCGUCAGGCCCUCGUCGCGAAGGCCCGGCAGUCACCGCAGAGCAGAUUGAAGAUCUGAAUCAGCGCCUUCUCUCCGGAAUGGCGGUGCUGGUGCUGCUGCAAGACGGCACUCGCCUUUCCUGCGUUCUCCACUACAACGCGAAGGAUGCCUCUCUCUCCAUCUCCUGCGAGGACAAGGUCCGAGUCAUUCCCCUGUCUGACAUCAAGGCGCUUCUGCACACGCACGAGCAGCUUCAGCGCGUCGAGACCAAGGCGAACUUGGUGGAUGACGAGUGCUGCGUGGCGCUUCACCUGCUGGAAUCGGGCAACUGCAUUCCUCUCCGGUUCGAGAACGUCGUCGACAAGUGCUGCUUCGUUGACCUCGUGAAGCAAAUCAAGGCUUAA